AUGAGCCUGCAAAUUGAUUCUGCUGAUAAGAAUCAGUCACCUUCCAGCCAUGUGAAGUAUAGUUCACAAUGGUUUUCCGAAAAACUAUCUAUUGAAGAAAGCGGCAUUGAGCGAGUCACAGAUGAUGAACGGCAAGAGAGAACCACGAGAUUCUGGAAUGCUGCCACCUUCUGGUUCAGCGCAAACAUGGCUGUUGCGACGCUCAAUAUUGGCGCUCUCGGAGGAUACUUUGGACUCGGAUUUUGGGAUUGUUUCCUGAUUAUAUUGAUCGUCAAUAUAAUGAGUGAUAUACUGCCAGCAUGGACAGCCACAUUUGGCUUAUCAGGACUACGGAUGACAACAUUCUCGCGGUACUCGUUUGGAUAUUGGGGAAAUAUGCUAGUCGUUUUCUUCUCAAUGAUUGCAACAACAGGCUGGAAUGCAAUAAAUUCGAUAUCCGGUGCUUCUGUCCUGAAUGCCUUGUCCAAUGGGAAGUGUCCCACAUGGGCAGGCGUUAUAGUCAUAUGCACAUCGGUGUGGAUCAUAUGUGUGUUGGGGAUCACCUGGAUUCAUCAAUUGGACGCCUUUCUCUGGAUUCCACCUUUGGUUGUCUGGUGCGUUGCUGCUGGCACAGGGGCAUCUUCAUUUACCCAGGAAGCACCUAAGCAACUCGAUGGGGCAAACAAGGCAGCUGCUGUCCUCGCAUACAUGGCCAGUAUAUUUUCCUUCUCCGUGUCCUGGGUCAACUGUGCCGCAGACUAUAAUGUGCGUAUGGCCCCUAAGACUCCACGGUGGAAGAUUUUCAGUGCAACUUACGUGGGAAUCUUUGUGCCCACCGUGCUGGUUCAAUCCUUGGGUGCAGCACUGUAUAGUGGCACAAUUACCAAUGAAGCAUGGAAGGUCGAAUAUGAGUCUUCCUCCGUUGGAGGCCUUCUAAAAAUGGCUUUGGAGCCUGCGGGUGGGUUUGGCAAGUUUCUCAUGGUUAUUGCAGCGCUAAGUGCAAUCCCAAAUAAUAUUCCGAAUAAUUACUCUUUCGCCCUUCAUGCACAGAAUCUUGGUCCAUGGGCCAUCCGUGUCCCACGGGUUAUGCUUGUGACAUUUGGAUUUAUAGCUGCAGUGAUCAUCGGAUGCUGCGCUGCACUGUACUUUGAUGACACCUUGCAGACUCUGCUAAGUGUCAUAGGGUACUGGACUGUUAUACAUAUUACGAUUGUGAUGGAGGAACAUUUUAUCUUUCGACAUGGAUGGAAAGGGUAUGACUUUGAUGCCUGGAACAACCCGGCAGGGUUACCUUUUGGUUGGGCAGCCAUUGGAGCGUUCGUUUUUGGGUUCCUGGGAGCGGCCCUAGGAAUGAAAGUAGCAUGGUACACUGGUCCAAUUGCUGUCUUGAUUGGCAAAGGCGGGGCGAAUAUUGGCCAUGAGAUGACGUUCAUAUUCUCGGGCCUCACAUUUCCCAUGUUCCGCUAUAUUGAAAAGCGGAGUGGGUACCGAUAA